UGGCAGCCCGGAAGCGCUGUGCGCUGCGACGUGCUGACGUCUCUUGGGGUAGCAGGACGCCGCUGCCAGAGCGCGCGCUGUGCUGUGACAGGGGAGACAUGUGACCAGUGUGGGUGGCUCAGCUGACAGCUGCUGCUUUUGCAAUGCUCUUCCUGUAGGCGGGGAUAGGGGAGGGUCGCUGAGGACGUCGCCAUUCGAGGCGGCCAGACACAGAGCUGAGUGACGGGACCCGGGACAGCCAGGCCGCCGCCGUCGCCACACACCAGCCAACUCAGGAGGCGAUCCAGGGCCGGCCGACAAUGGCGGUCGACAGCAGCAAGUUCAAUCAUCUGACCCUCACUGAGCUCAACGAGCUUUUGGAGAAUGACGCCAAGCUGGGGAAGAUGGCCCAAGAAAUGGAUGAGGCCCAGAGUGUACAGCUGAACAAGGAAAUGACCCUUGCUGGAAAUAGGAACUUGGCAGAAGCAAACCUACUUUACCAGCCCAAGAUGGAGAACUUAAAAGCAACUCUAACACAGAAAUACUUGGAGCUGCAGACUCUCAUGGAAUCACAUCAGUUAAAGAAGACAAAGCUGGAUCAGCAGUCUGUGAAUGCAUCACUGGAAACAUUAUUGGCACUUUUGCAGGCUGAAGGAGCCAAGAUAGAGGAGGAGACUGAGAAUAUGGCAGAAAACUUUCUGGAUGGUGAUAUCCAGCUGGAUUCAUUCAUUGAUGAAUAUUUAUCAAAACGCAAAUUAUCACAUUUACGACGUGUGAAAAUUGAGAAACUACAGGAGCUGGUGCUGAAAGGACAAAGGCUCCAUCAGGCUCCUAUGCAGCCUCCGAUUUUGCCACCUGAGGGCGUCCAGGUACCUCCAGGACAAUUCCAGGCAGGUUACAAUAUGUCUCCAGCAGUCAUGCCUAGAAGAGCUGUGCCACCUCCACCCCCUGCCCAAGCCGGAAUGUAUCCCACUCCUUAUCUAAUGGCUGCACAGCAGCAGCAGCCUGCUCCUGGGCUCCCUUAUGCCGCAUCUCCGUGUCCUCCCGUUCCAUCUCGCUCUUUGUAUCAGCCUGAAGCCCAGAUGUCAUAUCCUGGAUACCCCAGUUCAUUCACAGCUCAGUAUCCGCCAGCUGUUCCACAAAGACCACCUCCACGCUUCCCGCCCAACCCUGGCUUUAUCAUGCAGUGAUACAACACUAGUGUGCCUCACUCAAACAUUGGUGCUCCCAACUUCACACCAGUUCCAUUCUUCUGUGAGCUGGAUAUGGUCUACAGCUUCGUUUCAGUGACUGGGCACCCAUACUUUCCAUAUUCAGAAGAUAAUGACAGACCUUUUUGGCUUCUAAUAUAAUAUUUUUGUGGGGUGUGGUUUGAGAGAAUCCGAUUUUGUAGGUUUAGGUUGUGAAGCAAAUGUGCAGACAGAACUCUGAGAUCAUUUUCUCCGACUGGAUUUCUACUUACUGUGCCACUGUUGCUUUUUUAUCCAUGCUGAAGUAUCCUCCAGAAUGCUGCAUUGGAAUGAAUAGUUCUGUUGUGCUACAGCCAUUGGUAACAUUAAUGUCGGCCACCAGUGCAUGAGAUGUGAGAAGACAAUAACAAGCGCUCUGUCUAUUGCCAAACUCCUCAGGUUCCCGAUGACCUCCUCAGGUGAAGUUUGAGCAGAGUGCGGAAUAGUGAGGUUUGCACUGUAUACCUUGUACCUGAUGUUCAGUUUGUUUAAUUACUUAAUAAAAUUUAAAAAACAAAGUAAGUAAUGUUACCUUAGAUACAUAGGACAUUAACAGGCUCAUUCAGGGAUUAGAAUGUUACUAAAAAUCUGUAAUGUGCAAACUAAAUGCAGAUUUAGUGGAUGCAAUUUUUGCCUGACCGCAGUGUAAUUUUUUUUUUUGUUAUACUUAUGCACGGGGCUCUGAUGUGCCUUAGAUCAACGCUUACUCCUGGACUCUUCUGAGAAAGAGACUGCAUAUCGUUCUGCAUUGCCCAUUGCUUCGCUCUGAUUGGCAAGUAAGAGCUCCAUUUGUUGUACAAUUUCCUCAAGUAGUAUCUGCUUUAUAGCAAUGUCUCAUUUACUUUCUACCUUUUUUAAAUCACGUUAAACAUUCUGCCAGUUUAUUGAUGCACUAUGGUCACCAUUAAGACCUUUGAGCUAGCAUUUUAUAUUUUUAUUUAUCGGCAACACCAUUCAUUUAAGUGCCACACUAAAUAAUGGGGUAGGGUAAAGCCAUAUAUUUGAAGAAUCCAAUAAAGCAGUAAUGCUGAAAAUAGUUUGUGGCAAAGCUGAGGCUUGUUAGGAGAGAAGUGUACCAUUGCACUACUGACGCAGCACAGUCUGUCCACUUGUGCCCCAUUUACUGUCAAUUAAAUGGUUAGCUUUCAUUUUACAGAGUAUUUUAGCAUUGUGGUUAUUUUCCUGCGUUGCUGGUCAAUUUAUAACUCCUUGCUUUUAUAGUAUACAAUAUGUAGUGUACCAAUAACAUGUUUGGGUAUAUACAUUUAUUUUGUGGUUUACUGAAGUCAUUUUGUUUAGAGAUGAAGCAACAACAAUUAUUCAACUCCUAGGAGGUACCUAUAGUCUAAUAUAAACAGGGAAAUGUAUCAUCUAUAUGAAUACUGUAAUAUGUCAGGCAGCAAAGUAACGUGCUCUAGCUGUCACUGACAUGUCUUCUGUCCACUUCAUUAUUAGGGUCACUAGCAUGAAAAAAGCUUACUACUUUACAUUCUCUAGCCCGUUUCUCAUUCCUGACGCAGACUAUCCCUUGCGUUAGGGCAUUUGGCAUUCUGUGUGGCACAUCUGUUACACCACUUAUGCACUACCUACCUGAAGACCAAAAAGGUUUGUGGUGUCCACAACGGAGAAUACUAGAGCAUGUUUUAUUACAAGACUCUUACAUUACUCCAUGCAGACACUACAUUAGUUCAUGUUUAUAGUGUAAAAUUACUGUAAAGGUUUAUUUGUGUUGUAUAACGAAUACUGCAGUUGUUAAUUUACCUGGAUAUUUUCAAUAAAUUACAGAUUUGAUUUUAAA